AUGCUCGCGCUCCGUCUGCUGCGACGUCACGUCUCGACGGCGCCCGACUCGUUCCGACGUGUGCCAGUGCCCAUCGGCACCGACGGCUCGUUCCUCGCUGCCCUCGCCCCCGCUUUAGUGACACCAGAGCAGCAGCCGCUCGUGUGCCUCCCGUCCCUCUUUGGCUCUGUCGCGUGCGACUUCCGUCGACAAUUGGCCAAUGAACAGCUCACGCGCUCGUGGGCGCUCUACGGGGUGGACCUGCGCCUCUUCAGUGCCAGCAGCGGCUUUGGCCGUCGAGGCAUCGAACGCGACGCCGACGACGUCGUGCGCGCAGCGGAUGCGCUGGCGCUCGAGAGGUUUUCGCUGCUGGGCACGAGCUACGGCGCGAACGUGAGCGCCGUCGUGGCGGCCAAAUACCCCGAGAGAGUGACACGACUCGUGCUGGUCAAUGGCAAUGCGUUUGUCAGUGACGAGGACGUGGAGGACUUGGAGGAGCACAGUGACGUUCAGCUGUGGGACAGCGACAGGCGGAAGACGGCGGAAGCAAAGUGUGGAUCGGAGGCCCUGCAGGACAAAUGGACCCAGAUGGUGGAGGCGCUGCGUCAGGUGGAGCGUGACGAGGGCGGAGAUCUGUACUGCGGCAGGUUGCCCCAUAUCAAGUGCAAGACGCUUGUCGUCGGCGGCGGGCAGGACGAGUUUGUGCCACUGUUCCACAGCGAGUACUUGAGCGAGCGCAUCAUGCACUCGCGACUAGAGGUCGUCCCGGAAGGUGGCCACGACCUCGUGCUGUCCAAGGCCGAGGCGUUCAACCCGUUGCUAGAGGCUUUUUUGCAGGAGCCCGACGACAAACACACGCAGAGCAGGGAAUUCGUGGCCGUACCGUCGAAAACGACAAAGUAG